GCCCGGCGACUCACGGCGACGUGGUCGCCGGGCCUUCUUCGUAAGCAAAACCGACCUCUCAAUAGAAAAGGAUUCGUUGCGAUGAACGCCAAACUAAAAAUCCGCCUUGCGGCGAUCGCGACGCUGGCCGUCGCAGCGCCUAGCCUCGCCAACCUGCCACUAGGUCAGCCGGUCGAGACCGCCUUCACCGGCGCCCCCGGCUGUGGCCAUGUGAUCGACCUGAUGAUGCGAUACGGCUCGUUCCACGGUUGCCUAGCCUCGCCCAGUUGUUCGAUUGUCCCUUCGCCCUACGGAUCGUUCGAGCUCCCCGCGAACGAGAUCGGCGACCUAGCGAUCACGACGGUCGUCGAGUCCGCCAUCAGCGACCCGGCCUGCGCCCCGACCUUCAUCGUCGCCGUCACCAACAACAGUGGCCGCUCGGUGUGCAAAGUGCACGUGUCGCUGGUGGCGCUGCUCGGCCCGAUCAAGCCUUGCGACCCCACCGCGACGGCGUGCAUCGAAGAGAUCCCCGGCGGCGCGACCGUUGAGAUCGAGGUCACGCUCCCUGUUGAGGCGCUGGCGAUGGGCUCCAACGGCGGCGCGCCGAUCGGCUUCCAAAAGCUGAUGGUCGCCGUGGACGCCUUCGAUUCGUUCGCCGAGAUCGACGAGUCAAACAACCUUCGAUUGCUCGACCGCGCCGAGAUCGCCCGUCAAGUGAUCGAGGUGGCCCCGCUGCAAGAGGCUGCCGAGGCCCUGGCGCCGGAACCGGUGACCGAAGAACUGGCGGCGCCCAAGUCGCAAAUCGACUCGGCCCUGGAAGAGUUUGGCAUCGACCAAGUCGAGACCGAAGCCGCUGCCGUGCGGAUGUAA